AGUUGCCGGGAAUAAUUCCUUGCUUAUUUUUUACGCAAACUGUUGCUCAUUUUAGCCACAUGAUCAUGAUAUACGAUGGUUUAUUAUUAUCGAUUAAUGGUUUUGCUGUUGUUGGCCUUUUGGACUGCCGUGGUGAAUACCGUUCCAGAAGACAUAGCCAAAAUCAUCGUGGUUGGUCCUGGAAUACAAAAUGUGCAGCUAGCUUUCCCAAGUCGUUAUUUUUUCAUUCUUCAUCGAAUUCCAAAGCUAGGAUCUGUAGAAAUUCGACCAACGAAGCGGCUGAAUAAAAAUCCUGGUCGCGGUUGUCACAUCUGGCCUCAAGUAUUCAACCAAACUCGUUUCUGCAUCCGUUUGGCUCUUUCCGAUCUACGUCAAUCAUUCCAGAGAAUCGUUUCCUUGAACGAUGUUUUAGAUCUAGCCAACUUUUGCGAUGAUGAACAACCCGAUGGUACUGAAUCUGAUGAUCAAUCGAUGGUUACAUACUGGCUUGCUAUCGUUCGUUACAGCUUCCAUCGAGGACAUUGGCAAUGUGAUCAACCGCUUGAAUUGGUAAUUUACGGAGAUCAUGAUGGACAGGUGCCAAUCUAUCGACGACCCAUUACAAACCAGAAUAAACCAUUCUAUUCUGAACACUGUCCAUGUGUUCGAAAUGAAUGGCCACAGCUAUCUCAAUGCGAUUCGACCGACAACCGACAAUUACAACAAAGAAUUGAUCAUGACCUUGCCCCAUUUCGUUCUGGUAUAAAUUUUACUUCCAUCUUGGAUGAAGCUAUAAAUCGAUUUGGCCAGUACCCUCAGACUUAUGCUUUCUGCCAUUAUCGGAUAAAAAACAAUCAGGCGUACAAACGAUGCUAUGGCCAAUACGAUGGUUUUUCGAAAUUUUUUGAUCGUAUGCUACUGUCAUUGAUGCGAAAAACUAGAUUAAGUGAUAGUCAAUUGCUUAUGAAUCUUGGCGAUUGGCCACUAUCGCAAAUCAAAGACACUAGACCAUUGCCCAUUUUCAGUUGGUGUGGUUCUCAACAAACCAACGAUAUCGUACUGCCUACAUAUGAACUGACUGAAUCCGUAUUGAAUGGCCAUGACCGGAUAUCCACUGACAUUCAUUCAACGUUUGGUCGUCAAUUAUUCGGUUUUAGUUCCAAACAAAAUCGUCUAUUUUGGCGUGGUAGAGAUUCUAAUGAAGCUCGUCUGAAACUGGUCGAUCAAUCAAUGCUUAUGCCUAAUCACUAUAAUGUGGCUAUCACAAAUUUCUUCUUCUACCGUGAUCGAAUGACAAAAUACCGGCCCAAUAAUACUACCACUAUUCCAUACGUUCCAUUUAAGCAAUUCUUUGACUAUCGUUAUCAAAUCAACAUUGACGGUACGGUCGCUGCAUAUCGAUUACCAUUCUUGUUGGCGGGCAAUUCUUUGGUGAUCAAGCAACAAUCCCAAUGCUAUGAACACUUUUAUCAUUUACUCGAACCAGGCAAACAUUACUUACCAGUAAAUGAAUCGCUGGACAAUCUGUCCAGCCUAUUGACAAACCUGAUUGAACAGAAUGAUUUAAAACCGAUCAAACGCAUAAUAUGGACGGCCAGGAUGGCUGUCAUUCGAUGGUUAAUGCCAUCAUCUAUCUAUUGUUAUUAUUAUAAAGCACUUGAGUCAUAUAGUCAAUUGCUAAUAGCCCAGCAACCAUUUGACGAAUCGAUGAAUCUCAUUACCGAUGAUGAUGACCUAAACUAUUAUGGAACAUGUCCACAUGGCUGUCAACAACAUGCAACAACUGGAAAAGAUGAACUUUGAUUUAUGAUAUGAUAUACUCUCUCUCUCUCUUUCUCUCUCUGUCCACAAAUUAUGAAUGAAAACAGGCUCGUAUCCAAACUUGAUAUUAAUUUAAUACAUUUGUCAGUUUUUUUUCCAAGUCAUCGAAAAUCAAAUCAAAUCAAAGUAAUUUUAAUUCUAUAGAAAAUCCAUUCCUAACACUACUAAAAAAAAACUUUGCACAAUACACGAGAGCAUAAUACAAAAAAAAAAUAAACGUUGGAAAGGAAAGGAAAAGAUUUAUUUUCUUAACAUCAUCUUAACAUAUACUUUUUUUCCGAUGACAUACAGUCAAACGUGUCAAACGACGCUUGAAACGCCGUCACAUUUGGCAUCAAUUUUAUUUUUUCUUUCAAAAGUUGUUUUUCAAUCAUUCGAUAGACAAUUUCUUUUUUUUUUACUGA